UCCGGGGACGUAGAGGAGCCCACCCCCUCCCUCCUGCUGCAGCAUCAUCUCGUCCGGCGGACAGGCGGACGGGCAGACAGACAGGUGAAGCUCCUCCCGCAGACAGACAGGUGGAAAGACAGACAGGUGGAGCUCCUCCCGUUGCAGUUAUGUCGGUGUCGCCGGGCCUUGCCGACCUCUCCCGCCUCUACCAGACGGAGUUCGUUCGGAGUGCCCGGGCCGUUGGCGUCCUCUGGGCCGUCUGCACGCUCUGCUUCGCCAUCAUCCAGGUGGUUAUCCUGGUGCAGCCAUCCUGGAUCUGCACCACAGACAUCCGCCCACAGCAGGUGGGGCCAGACCCACCCAGUGGCACCCUAGGACUGUUUGAGGUGUGUAUGGAGUCGGACUGGCCGGUCCCAGACUGUCGUGGUGGGCUGUCCAGUCUGUCUCCGCUGCCGUCCUUCCAGUCGGUGGCGGUGUUGGUCGGGGUGUCUCUGUGGGCGGUGUGGACCAGUGUCCUCUGUCUCUGUCUCUUCAGGUUCUGCGGUGCCGCGACAGUUUACAAAAUCUGUGCCUGGCUGCAGCUGACUGCAGGUUUUUGUCUGGCGCUGGCGUGUCUUCUGUUUCCAGACUCGUGGGAGAGUCCAGAGAUGAAAGCUCUGUGCGGUGACUCGGUGGGCAGCUUCUCUCCAGGUAACUGCUCAGUUCACUGGGCCUACAUUCUGGCCAUCCUGGGGGUUGUUGAUUAUGCCAUCUUGGCCACGCUGGCCUUUGUUCUCGCCAACAGACAGGACGCCCUCCUGCCACCAGACACCCAGGAAGUGACCACAGGUCUGCUGAUGACAGCAUGAAUCACCAGGGAUGUUUGGUCUUCAUUUCUUCAACUCUGCCUGAUCUCUUCAUCCUCCAUUAUCAUCAUCUGUUUCUACAUUUCAUGGUACAACUGUCUCCUUCAGCUGCAAUCAUUCAUGGCUGCAUGAUGUUUCCAGGAGAAGUUACUUAGUGUUGAACAAUGAAAUCUAACAUCAGGAGGAAAGAGCUGCUGCAGUUUGCGAGUUUGGUGCUCAGGACAGUCGGUUGCUGAUCCAUCGGAAGAAAAAUGGUGAGAAAAUGAGCGAGAUGAAAUCAAUUAGAGGAACGCUAAGCCCGUUUCAGACCUGCACUUUUUUUUAUCUUCAUGCUCACAUCAGCGUGCUCAGUGUCGGUGUCAGAGGUCGGUUGGACCGACUUGGCAUACUACAUCCUGGUUGGACCAUUGUGUUACAAUUAAGAGGGUUAAGCGAAAUGUCAAAAAAGUAACUUAAAGGGCCAAAUUGUAUGUUAUUUUGGACAUCAAUUCGCGGACCAGAAGUGGGCGGGGCUGGAAGCGGCCCGCGGGCCGCAAGUUUGGACACCCCUGGCCUAGAGUUAACAUGUUAAAUCAGGUUAGUAUGCAUGCUAACAUCUUUUUAAAUGCACUGACAUUUCAAAGCGAAACAUGAAUGCACACCAUUGGAAAACUCUUUCCAUCCAGACCGACUUCGCUUUAAUAUGAAAUUCUUUAUACUAUCGCUAUUAGUUUUAUUUAUUUAUUUUUGCUAUCAUCACAUCUGUUAUCUGUUACAGUUUAAAAAUCAAUAUGAGGUCUCUGCAGGUCUAACUAAACCUGGAAGAACCCAGAAGAACCCAAAGGGGGACCUUUCUUCAGUACUUCUAUUUAAAUAUUUGAGGUUACAGUGUUACGUGAUCAGUGUAAACAUAUAAAAAAGCAAUCCUUCUGACCUAAAGCCCAUCUUUAGAUUGCUCUAAAUGCUAUGUUCCUAACUUUCAGUACCAAGUACAGGCAGUAGAACUUCAAAAGGAACGGGUGCUGCCCAUCAAGAGGCUUCCAGAGCGUGACCAAUCAGAUUGAAGCUUUAAGGAGGGUAGCCUUCAAGAGUUUCAGACAUUAGCAGAACUAAGGGUUGGCAUAAUCAUUUUUUGAACCAUGAAACAUACAGAUCUGUAUAGAAGUUUGUUUCUGCCACUGAUUUAUUUAUUUUUUUCUCAUUUGUAAAUCAAAAUAUCUGGCUAUUGUCUCAAACUUUUGGAUUAUUAUCUUAAAAUUGAUUUACAAACUCGAAAUUGGGCCUGGGUUAGAAUUGGUUUGAGACUUACUAACUAGAAAGGCUGCAAAAAUAACUUGAAACUGACCAAAAAAAUUUAGAAAUGGCUUUCAAAAAUUUGACCCAAGUCAAAGUGUUAAAAAAUUUGGCCUUAUGGAUGGCAGUUUUUUUUUUUUUCCAGUAACAGAAACAAGCUUCUGUAAACAAAUCCUUUGUCUCCCUUUAUAAAGCAUUGUCCAUGGGUUUGCAAAUGACUUUCUUUCUUCAGAAAACAAGUACUUCUCUGCAAACUUCGAGGUGAAAGUGUGGCCCAGGAGUGAGGAGCUCACUUCUUAUGUUACACAUUAUUAAACUAACCUUAAAUGUAGAUUAUUUGGACUCACUUGGCAGUUAAAUCAGUGCUCUGAAGUCCUUUGAAAAUCUAUGCCACAAAUCUGUGUGAAUGGUUUAUAGACCAAGAGAACUGAUUCACACAGCUUUUUCAAUAAGCUGAACCUUUGGGGACUCUGUUAAAGUUACUCGUGUGGAGUCCCAGGUGGAAAUAUGGAGCUGCGAAUGAGCAGAAUAGGCCCAGUUGAAUAUUAAAGUCAUUACAGGUCACUUAAAUGGAUUCAGGUCUGAAGAGGGCUUAAAAAAAGAUGAAGAAGGGUUGCUCUGAUAGUAUGGUGGCUCUGAAGAUCAGUGGGCCCAUUUUGUAUAAAAUCAUCCUGUCAUUUUCCAGAGUUCAUUGAGUAAAACAUCUUAAAGGAAUUGUUCGAUAUUUUUAUUGCUCUACAUCGUUUUAAUCUAAGUGGUUAGCCUAGCUUAGCACAAUGCUAGAAGCAGGGAGAAACUGUGAGCUAGCAUAGCCUGCUUUAUGUUAAAUAUGUCCCUGUGGCUUUUAAUAGUAGUGUAUUCAGCAUGAAGAAAUGUCUUAUUUACACUGUAUAUCAUAUUACCAAGCAGUUAGCCAUCAGGAGUCAGAGUGAAGUUAGUAUUAGCUUUAAGAUAAACUCCUGAUGUUUAGCUAGGUUAGCCUGCUUAGCGUUAGCUUCAAGUUCAUUUAGAUUUGUGUUAGCUUAACGUGUUUAAAUGAAUCGCCCCAAGGGGAUAAAUAGUACUAGAUGGAUUGUUAGCAUACCUUAGCCUUGAUGCCUUGUUAGUGUCUGGCUUUAAUCAACCAAACCUCUUUGAUUGUCUUUGUAGCUAACAUGAGUAAACACUGCAUCUGAAAUAAUCUAUUCAGUAGGGUAAAAUCUGUCUUAACUUAUGUGGUAACCCAAAAACUUGUGCGCUAACCCAUCAGUGUCAGUGUAAAUGUGCAUUUGUGGUCAGAAGUUUGCAUCCAUUCAUCGUGGGCAUGAACAUACGCUGUACAAUCAUUCAAUCCUGGAAAAAGAGCAGCUCAAAGAAAUAAUUAAAAGCCCCAAAUUACCCUGACAUUCAUGCCCACAAUGAGUAGAUGCAAACCUCUGACCGCCAGAGGUGACAAAAGUGCAGACAUUCUUUACUUCAGUAGAAGUAGAGAUACUUGUGUUAAAAAUACUCUGGUAAAAGUUGAUAUACUGAUUGAAUUUCUUUACUCAAGUAAAAGUGAAAAAGUCCAGGCUCUGAAAUGUAUUCAAGGUAAGAAAGUAA